AUGGACAGGUUUAGGGGGUAUUCUCUUCUUUGUAUCUCACAAAUGUUCUUCAUCCAUGCAUUCUCUUCCAUGGAGUCGGGGGUACUUGUGGCCAUGGCUCUGGAUCGCUAUGUAGCCAUUUGUCACCCUCUGCACCAUUCCACCAUCUUGCACCCAGGGAUCAUAGGGCGCAUUGGAAUGGCAGUGCUGGUCCGGGGGUUACUCCUCCUCCUCCCCUUCCCUAUCCUGUUGCAGAGACUCAUCUUCUGCCGGGCCACCAUCAUAGGCCAUGCCUAUUGUGAACAUAUGGCUGUGGUGAAACUUGCCUGCUCAGAAACCACAGUGAACCGAGCUUAUGGGUUGGCAGUGGCCCUGCUGGUGGUUGGACUGGAUGUCGUGGCCAUUGGUAUUUCCUAUGCCUUCAUCCUCCAGACAGUGCUGAAAGUACCAGGGGGUGAAGCCCGACUUAAGGCUUUUAGCACAUGUGGGUCUCACAUUUGUGUCAUCCUGAUCUUCUAUGUUCCUGGAAUAUUCUCCUUCCUCACUCACCGCUUUGGGCACCAUGUACCCCAUCAUGUUCAUGUUCUUCUGGCCACACUCUACCUCCUUGUGCCACCUGCGCUCAAUCCUAUUGUCUAUGGGGUGAAGACUCGGCAGAUCCGCCAGCGAGUACUCAGGGUAUUCUUCCUAAAAGGAUGGAUCUGA